AAGCUAAAAAAAAAAAAAAAAAAUCUCUCCAUGUGCAAUUCUUGCCAUUGCUUCAUCAUUUCUUGCUGGCAAUUUUUCUUCCAUUUACAGUUCAACAAAAAGAUUUCUCAAAUGUCACGUUCUUGAACAUGUCUUUGUUCUUUACAACCAUUUCUUUUGCUAUUUGAGUUUCAUUUUUUCCCCAUUUUCUCCCCUUUGUCCACUAAGCUUUGCUUUAGUUAAACAUGGAUUCCAAGACCCUUCUUGAUUAUGCACUGUUUCAGCUCACCCCAACUAGAACAAGAUGUGAUCUUGUGGUGUUUUCUGGGGGUAAAAAUGAGAAAUUGGCAUCUGGGUUGGUGGAACCAUUCAUUUCUCACUUGAAAUUUGCUAAAGAUCAGAUUCCAAAAGGUGGGUAUUCAAUCACUAUGAGGCCACCUUCAACUCAUGCCUACUGGUUCACCAAAGCCACAUUCCUGAGAUUUGUACGCUUUGUUAGUACACCUGAAAUUCUUGAGAGGUUUAUGCGAUUGGAACGAGAGAUCUCACAGAUCGAGAGUUCCAUUCAAUCCAAUGAAUGCGCCAAUGGCAAUUCAGAGGAAGGAAGCUCACCAGCUAAUAGUGAGAGCACCAGGAAAUCAAACGAUUCGUUCAAGGCAAAAUCUGAAGUUGAAGAAGCUAAUAAUGCUGCACCUAAAGAAAACUCCAAGAUUCACCUUCAACGCCACCUGGAUACCCGAAAGGCAUUACUUAGGAAAGAGCAGGCCAUGGCUUAUGCGCGUGCAACAGUUGCAGGCUUUGAGAUAGACCAAUUGGAUGAUCUCAUACAGUUUGCUAAUUCUUUUGGUGCAGUACGUCUUAGAAAACAGAGUCUGGAGGACAUCUGCUGUCUAACAAUCGAAGGAAUCAUCACAUUGGAUGCAUGUGUAGAUUUCAAGGAACUUUACAAACAAAAGCACACAGAUGGACAAUGGAUGGAUGAGGUAGCUGCAAUGAAGGCAUGUACACCAAUGGAUCUAUCGUACUUGGGAAAUCAAGGUGUUAUUCUUGCAUAUGACAAUAAUGGCUCUUUGGAUAGUUCUGACUCGAAGGAUUCAACAAAUUCAAAUGGUGUCAAAGCUAUAUGCACAGAUGAGAAUCUUCCUGCAUCAGAUCCAUCAGCAAAAGUUCAGAUGCAAAUGCCAUGGCAGAACCAUAUUCCUCCGUAUAUGUACAACUUUCAUGGCCCAGCUCAACAGAUGCCUUUUGCUGGCAUGCAUCCUUUACAAUAUUAUCCAGCACAUAUGCAGUGGCCACAAAAUGUAAAUGGCUCCACAAAUGGUUCUGUUAGGGACUCUCACAAACGGUCAAAGAAGAAGGAGAAAUCCAAAGAACGUAACAGUUCAGAAGAUGAUGAACAGACUGAGUCGAGUGCCUCUGAUUCUGGAACUGAUUCAGAUGAAGUUAGGAAGCAUGAGAAAAAGCAUUCUUCAAGGGAGAACUCACAUGCUAAAAAGCACAAGAAGAAAUCCUCAAAAACAGUUGUAAUCCGCAACAUCAAUUAUAUCACUUCCAAUAGAAAGAAUGAGGAAAAUGAUGGAUCUUCUUAUGAUUCAUCUUCAGCUGAAUCUCAUUUACUCGAUGAAGAUUCUAUCAAAGAGCAGGUAGAUGAUGCUGUUGCAAUACUGGAGAAACGUCGUAAUUCAAAAGGACAUAGGAACAAGAAUAGAGGACAUCAGAAUCUUGAUGUAGAGAAUGAAUCAAAUGGUUAUAGCAAUACGGACUUAAAUGAGGGCAUGUCACCAAAGUUAUCUGAGAAAGCAAAAGGAAAUAAGGCUUGGGAUGCAUUCCAGAAUAUUCUGAUGAGUCGUGAGGAGCCAAGUAUGAAUGGGGCCAGUGACCAGCUACCUUUGGACUUCCAGGAUGAAGGCUAUGGGAUCAAGAAUUCUGGUGAGAAGGUCAGAAGAGACCAUCUGACACCUGAUGAUUCUCUUCUCAUGAGCAAAAAUCAUGAAGAAAAUGGCACAAAGGUUAACAUGGUAGAUUUUGCCAAUGGUGAGGAUAUGAGGCCAAGUUUGAAGAAAGGAGUUUCUGAAGAUGUGCAUCUUCUAUUUUCGCACAAAGAACCAUCAGGAGGCAAUACAUUGGGAACUCCAUCUGAUUUUGGUUCUGAAUCCUCUGCUAUUAGAAAUAGUAAUGGGGAAGAUUGGUUUGUUGUCAACCACUCCGGCAGUUCAGAAAUUCAAGAGGCUAGGCGAAUGAUAUUUGACAAUGACAGUAGCAUGUCAACUCAGAAAAGUUCCUCUCAAGUCGAAAGUGAAAGAGCUGCUCCUAUUGAUGAUUCUUUCAUGGUACAGUCUCGACCAGCUUUUGAUGAUCAAUAUGGCUCUCAGUGGAAAACAGACAUUGGCAUGGAUGCAGACUUGGUUGCUGCAGCAAAUGCUGAAAAUAGUGAUCUAGUUGCAUCAAAAACCAAGCUUAGUACAUAUGGGACCAGUCAACCUGAUGACCUCUGUGUGGUGCUUGCAAGAGAAACUAGUUUGGAUCCUCUUGAGGCAUCUUGGCAACCAGAAUUGGAUUUUCAGAUUGAAGCUUCUUUCAUUCAAGUUGAUAAAAAAUCUCCUGCAGUUGAGGCAAAACCUCCUCCUACUGAAGAAACUGUUCCUGUGAAAGGUAAAAGCACUACUAAGAAGGACAGUCUUGCAAAGACCGGAAAAGAUGCAAGGUCUAAAGUCUCCUCAGGAUCUCUGUCAAGGAGCAGGAUUGAUGCUUUAGCAAAGAGCAAGAAGAUGUCUCCUCCUACUAACAAACUGACAACCCAGAAGAGCAAAUUAGAUCGGGACGAAGAAAUGCGCAAGAGAAUGGAGGAAUUAGUGAUCGAGAGGCAAAAGAGGAUUGCAGAAAGAAGUGCAGCUAAGGGUUCGUCCCCAGCAGCUUCCAAGAAAGGGCCAGCAGGAAGUAAAACAGCUUCAAAGAUCUCACCUUCAUCCAAACUUCACACAUUUCCAGUGCAGGUCAAGCAUUAAGGAGCAAUCCAUCAAGGAAAAGUAUGAUCCGACCUUAAAAUAUAUUUGAUUGCUUUGCCGCGAAUAUGGAACAUCCACAAUUCACUGCUUUGUGCACAUUGGAUAUCCACAAAUAUAUCUUGGAGAAAUAAAAUAUUUUCGAUGAAAAUUAUAGAUUUUUUUCUUUACUAGGACAGCUCUGCUUGCUGGCUUGAUGCAAGUUAUUCCUUCUCAUUUAUUUAGACAUUCAUGUCCCAUCAUAAGGUUUUGCCAGUAUAGUUGCUUGAGGCUUUAUUAUUAUUUGUAUAUUGCUAUUUGUUCAUAUGUUGUGUAAAGUUAUAUUUAAAUCUAUCUGUGAGUUAAAACUUCUAAUACCAAAUCUUGUUUUUUUUUUUUUGCUGGAUAAGUGAAGAUAGGAUUUUGGUACUAUGGACAUUUGUCUUCCCAUA